UAAAGUGAGAGUAUAAAAGGUGAAUUCCUUAUUUCCUUAGGAUCAAAAACGAUCUGAUUUAGUAGUGUUCAUCUUUUUUAAAAGUGUUUUUUUUAUUAAGAGAGAAUGAAAACAAUUAUAAUAGCAAUAAUUUUAGGAUUUGCAGCAGCACAAGAUUCAAAUUAUGCUCGUAACAAUUACCACGAAGAUAGACAAAAUCCUCCAAUUGAUGAGAGGAAAGGGUCAUUAACAACAACACCCAUUCCAAUUUUACAUUGGAAUAAACAACAAGAACAUGAUGGAACUUACAAAACAAGUUAUGAAACGGGAAACAAUAUUAUCGCCGAAGAGAGUGGUUACAUCAAGAAAGUAGGCGAAGGCGAGGAACAAGGAGAAGCGUUGGUUCAACAAGGAAGUUUCUCAUAUACGAGUCCAGAGGGGAAGCUGAUCACCAUCCAUUAUACUGCCGACGAGACUGGCUUUCACGCGACCGGAGAUCACAUUCCCACGCCACCGCCAGUCAGUGAAGAGAUUCAAAAAGGCCUCGACCUCAUCUUUGCGGGCAUUCGUCAGCAAGAGGAAGCAGAUGCACGUGAGGCAGCUCAAAAAUUACAACAACCCUUGAAUCAGCAAAUAGAUCGACGAGAUAAUUAUGAUAGAAAAUUUUGAAAAUGAAAUAAAUAAAAAAUAAAUAUUGUUGACAUAUGUUUUCA